AUCACGCCAUCCUUAUCCUCUCUCUCUCUCUCUCUCUCUCCUCCUCCCUCCCUCUCUCUCCACCGCGUGGCCCGUCCGUCCGUCCCCAUGCCCCCCGCCGCGUGCGCCACGCCGGCGGCCGCGCGCCCGCCGCUCCCGGUGUCGCGCCGCUGCCCGCCUCCGCCCCCCUCCGCCGCGCACGUGCCCGCCGCCCGCCGCCCCUCCUCCGCCACGGCAUGCCGCUGCACCGCCGCCUCCUCAUCCUCCCCUACGGCGGCAGCGGCGUCGGCCUGGGACUGGACCCGCUGGAGCCGGCACUUCGCGGAGGUGGACCAGGCCGAGAGCUACGCCUCCGUGCUCCGCUUCCAGCUCGAGGAGGCCGUCGAAGGCGAGGACUUCGCCGAGGCCGCCGCCCUCAAGCGCGCCCUCCUCGACGCCACCGCCGGCGACGCCGUCUCCCGCGUCAUGGCCGAGCUCAAGAGCGCCAUCGAGGAGCAGCGCUACCAGGACGCCUCCAGGCUCACCAAGCUCGCCGGAACCAGCCUCGUAGGUUGGUGGGUGGGAUAUGCCAAGGACACCGAUGACUCGAUCGGGAGGAUUGUACGGAUAACCCCUGGUGUCGGGAGAUACGUCGCCAAGAGCUACAGCCCAAGGCAAUUGAUCACUGCAUCUUCAGGGAGCCCACUAUUUGAAAUAUUCCUCGUCAGAGACGAAGACGAGACGUACACAAUGAAGGUGGUACACUUGCGACCGACAAAAGGAGCUUCAAGCGCGUCGUCGUCCGUGUCACCAACAGCCACCGAAGAUCCAGUUAAGGCAGAGACUGAGAGUUCACCGGACAGCAGUGUUUUAUCUGAAGCCAUUGCGGAGGAAGCAAACACGGAUACCACAUUAAAAGGAAAUGAAGAUGUCGAGGAGAAAGCGCAGGAUACUGGAAGAACCAAGGAAAGUGGCGUUGAAGGGUUGAAAAGUGUUCUGAAUUUUUUUAAGUCCCGGAUUCCCGAGUUCAAAGUUCAAGUCAUAAACGUGGAGGUGCCUGAGGAAGCUGAGUUAGUUGCGGAUUCGUCAGAAGAGUUGGUGCAAGAUGAUGUGAAAAGCACGUCAGAGAGUUCGUUGGAAGAGCCUGUCGCCGAGGAAUUCCAGGAGGAAGAUGUUUCCGACGGAGAUUCAGACUCGAACGACGAGAGUAAGGGGCCGGAAGUAAAGCUUUUCAUCAGCGGAGUAGUUCAUAAUAAAGAGGAGGCUGGAGCAAAAUCUUAUGUUCGAGUUCCUGCUGAAAUAAAUACCCUGGAAAGGGACUCCUUUGAACUGUACAUUCCUGGAAAAGGUUCUGAUCGGGAUCUGAGUGAAACAAAGGCCGCGAAACAGAAAGUUGCGGAUAUGGCCGCUAAAUUGGCGUCAGAGCUCAUGCCCUCUGAUGUUGCAAAGGCAUUAUGGGGCACCACCAAGAGUUCCUCCAAGAUAAAUAAAGAAGUCCAGGAGCUUUUGAAGCUUACACUGAGCAAGGCCCGAGUCAAGCUGACUGAGAAUACCAUUUUCAAUCGGAUUGUUACGGACUCUAAUGGCUCAGAUCCAUUCAAUGGUCUCUAUGUAGGAGCAUUUAGUCCGUAUGGCCCCGAAGUUGUACAGCUCCGUCGGAAGUUCGGUCACUGGAAUAGUACUGAUGACGUGGAGUUUUUCGAGUAUGUUGAAGCAGUUAAGUUGACUGGUGAUCUUAGUGUCCCUGCUGGACAGGUAACGUUCCGUGCUAAGGUUGCGAAGGGCAGUCGUCUUGAGAAUCGUGGUGCAUACCCAGAAGAGUUUGGUGUGACUGCUAGUUAUAAAGGUCAGGGGAGAAUAGCGCAACCUGGAUUCAAAAACCCGCGGUGGGUGGAUGGUGAGCUGUUGGUGCUCAAUGGCAAGAGUGCAAUCCCGCACAUUGGUGGCGCAGAGCUCGGUUUCCUGUACAGCGUGCCUGAGCAGAGCUUCCUGGUUCUCUUUGACCGCCUUACGCUUCCCGAGUGAGCGAGAUCUCGCUGAUAUGAGCUGGUUCUCUCAUGGGAAUUCCAUGGAGACACAAACUGGCCGGCCAAGUAGGUUCCGCGCGGCUUCUCCGUCAUCCUCAUCCUCAUCCUCAUCCACAGAGCGAGCUUCCUGAGAUAGCCUGGCUCCUCACAGGAUCCAAUCGGUUCGGCAUUUUUGAGGAUACAUAGAAAGAUGGCAGCCUGGUUCCUUGGAACAUGGCUGGUAUAUUGAGCUGUCAUGUGACGUGCUACAACAAAACAAAACUUAGGCUGUCAAACAAGGGGCGUGGUUAUAGACAUGUCGGGCGCGACCUUUUCGCGGGUUUCUUUCGUUUGCUCGUUUGGAUGAAACCAGUUUUGGUAUUGCCUUGAUGCUACAAAAUAAAAUAAAAGUUGAUACCAUUUGUAUCCUAAA